UUCCAUUGCAGAAAAAUGAGUGAGUUUGAACGGUUAAGUGGCGUGGUUGCCACCAAUAUACAGAAACUGGUUCAGAAUGUGUCAAGUAUGCAGCGUAUGAUUGUGCAUAUAGAUACACAGGGAGAUUCAUUGCGUCAACAGCUGCGUCAGCUACAGCACUACACCGGUCAGUUGGCGAAGGAUACUGCACAGCAGCUCAUGAAUCUAGGAGAGGUUCAGGGUUUGGAUCCUCGUGAGAAGAUGCAGAAGGAAAGGCUUCAGGAUGAUUUUACUCGAGCUUUAAACAGUUUUCAGAGACUUCAAACUGAAUCCGCUCAAAGGGAGAAGGCAGAUCUAGCUGUUGCAAGGCAAAGUGGAGGGGAUUAUCAUCUACCAGGACCCGGAGAAACCAAUACAACACAGUUCAGAACUCAAGCUAUGAUGCAGGAAGAGGUUGACCUGAACGCGCUACAAGAUAGAGAGCGUGCGAUUAGACAACUAGAAUCAGACAUCGUCGAUGUAAACACAAUUUUUAAGGAUCUGGCAACUAUGGUACAUGAGCAAGGAGAUAUUGUUGAUAGUAUAGAAUCUAAUAUAGAGUCCGCCACUGUACAGGUUCAUCAGGGAACUGAUCAGCUUAGUCAGGCUCACACAUACGCAAACUCGGCUAGAAAAAAGAAAAUUAUACUUGCAACUCUUGGCCUUGUAAUACUUGCGAUUCUGAUAAUCAUCAUUGCAGUAGAGGUUAAAAACUAAACUAGUGCUUCGGUCACCAAGAUUAUAUUAUCAAAGUCAGGAUUAGUUUAAGUUGAAAAUUUUGAAAAUUGGCAGAUUUAUAUAUUGUUAACUCGCAUUUUUCCGAUGAUUUCUUUGUGUGAUGAAAUAUGUGAUUUGUAAUGAAAAAAAAAUUUACAUCGAAUCCCGCCUCGUAGCUCAAUUUUUAAAUAAAGAAAUUUGUCUUGGUCGAAUUUAGGGUUUUUCACAUUCAAUUUUCUAAAUUGUAUAAUUUGUUAAUAUUUUAGAAACUAUUAAUCUAGUAUUGGAAGAAUUUACUAAAAAAAAGCGCACUUGAAAAAUCUCGUCAAAAAUUACUAUUUUUAAAUAUUUUAGUUUAAAUGAUAAAGAUCUGAUUAUAUAAAAAUAUAUAUAUUUCUCCCGCCUCUCUCUCUCCUAAAAGGCAUGUUGCCGUAUAUAUAUGAAUUUUAAAAAUACUUCUGAUUUAAUAAUAUCGACUCAUUUAUCAAUAAUCUACACUUUGUUAGCAGAUAACUAUGUAUUCUUGUGCUUUUAUAAAAUAUUUGCAUGUAUGUAAACUCCGGUUAUUGUACUAGGACCAACCUGAUGUAAUUGUACUGAUAAGUACACUUUAAAUGUUCUAUGUAUAUUCUGUUGUACGGAGAACAAUUCGGUACAUUCCACUAGGUUAUCUUAGAUUCUCCCCUUUAUAGCUAUACUCCUUCAAACCAUUCUAUCCGUCUUACUCCAGGUACCAAUUCUACCUGAGAGGUUUUCCCGAACCUUGACCCUGUUCUAUUUCAAACUUGGAGUCGAGGUUAAUAAUCCAGUUUAGAGGUUUAUUCACUAUUUUUAUACAUUUGAUUAAAGAACGAUAUUUUAGA